CAGCAACGGGUUCUUACGAGGCACAACCAAUCAUGGAACAGCACGUUAAGUAGACACUUCCUGUGGCAGAGAAAAGAGGUAGUGAGCUGGUGUUUCAGGAUGUGAGGGCCCGCAGGAGCGGAGCCGGGCUCUCUCCGCCGCCUGCCUGCCACCUUGCAAGCUCCGGCCGGUGCUGCCCACAGUCCCCAUGGUGGGCACCCCCCGAGGCGGGGACCGGUGAACAGCAAAGGCAUGCCAGGGAAGCCCAAGCAUCUGGGCGUCCCCAACGGGCGCAUGGUUCUGGCUGUCUCAGAUGGAGAGCUAAGCAGCACGGCAGGGCCCCAGGGCCAGGGUGAGGGCCGAGGCAGCUCCCUCAGCAUCCACAGCCUCCCCAGUGGCCCCAGCAGCCCCUUCCCCACUGAGGAGCAGCCUGUGGCCAGCUGGGGCCUGUCCUUCGAGCGGCUGCUUCAGGACCAGCUGGGCCUGGCUUACUUCACUGAGUUCCUGAAGAAAGAGUUCAGUGCCGAGAACCUGACUUUCUGGAAGGCCUGCGAGCGAUUCCAGCAGAUCCCUGCCAGCGACAUCCAGCAGCUAGCUCAGGAGGCCCGCAACAUCUACGAGGAGUUCCUGUCUAGCCAGGCACUGAGCCCCGUGAACAUCGACCGGCAGGCCUGGCUUGGCGAAGAGGUACUGGCUGAGCCCCGACCAGAUAUGUUUCGAGAACAGCAGCUGCAGAUCUUCAACUUGAUGAAGUUCGACAGCUAUGCGCGUUUCGUCAAGUCCCCGCUGUACCGCGAGUGCCUCCUGGCGGAGGCCGAGGGGCGCCCCCUGCGGGAACCCGGCUCCUCGCGCCUCCGCAGCCCAGACCCUACGAGAAAGAAGCCGAAGCUGAAGCCCGGGAAGUCACUGCCGCUGGGUGUGGAGGAGUUGGGGCAGCUGCCGCCCGCUGAGGGCCCUGGGGGCCGCCCGCUCCGCAAGUCUUUCCGCAGGGAACUAGCGGGUACGGCAGCAAACUCGGCUUUGCGACGAGAGUCCCAGGGCUCCCUGAACUCCUCGGCCAGUCUGGACCUUGGCUUCCUUGCCUUCGUCAGCAGCAAAUCUGAGAGCCAUCAGAAGAGCCUUGGGAGCUCAGAAGGUGAGAGCGAAAGCCGGCCAGGGAAGUACUGCUGCGUAUACCUGCCCGAUGGCACAGCCUCCUUGGCCCUGGCCCGACCUGGCCUCACCAUCCGUGCCAUGCUGGCAGGCAUCUGUGAGAAACGUGGCCUCUCUCUACCUGACAUCAAGGUCUACCUGGUGGGCAAUGAGCAGAAGGCCCUGGUCCUGGAUCAGGACUGCACUGUGCUGGCGGACCAGGAAGUGCGGCUGGAGAACAGAAUCACCUUCGAGCUCGAGCUGGCGGCGCUGCAGCGCGUGGUGCGGAUCUCGGCCAAGCCCACCAAGCAGCUGCAGGAGGCGUUGCAGCCCAUCCUGGCGAAGCACGGCCUGAGCCUGCAACAGGUGGCGCUGUGCCGGCCAGGUGAGAAGCAGCUGCUGGAUCUAGGGAAGUUAGUGAGCUCGGUGGCGGCCCAGAGACUGGUUUUGCACACUCUUCCAGGUGCGAAGAUUUCCGAAUCCCGGGACACAUCCCCCAGCCGCAGCCAGGGAGGCCCGCCUAAAACCCAGGACAAAGCCACUCAUCCCCCAACACUGCCCCUCAACUCGCUGGCCGAGGUGCCCAGUAGUGUCACUGCGAAGCGACAGACCUGUGAUAUUGAAGGCCUGGUGGAACUGAUGAACCGGGUACAAUGCAGUGGAGCCCACGACCAAAGGGGCCUUCUGCGCAAAGAGGACCUGGUGCUUCCAGAAUUUCUGCAGCUGCCUGCCCAACGGCCCAACUCCCAAGAGGCCCUGCCACAGACUGAAUCAUCAGCCCAGCCCAAGGGGGGCCCCUUGGACUCCACUGACCACUCGGCCCUCUGACAGUUGUCCAACAGUCCAGGCUGGCUGCAUGGCACCUGGCGGGCCAAGCAUGCCAUGGGCCCACUCUGCAUGCCCUGUCUAUACUGUGAGUGUCCCUGGCCCCUUCCUGCCACGGGCAGGCCCGUGGGAAGAGCCAGGAGGCGGGAGAGAGGGGCUCAGAAUAGCCAUGCCCCACAGCUGCCACCACUUGGUCCCUCGCAGCUCGUCUACCCAUUCCUUGCAGCCAGGCCACUGGGCGGAGGUGGGCCUCCCCCAUGCCCCCUGUGCAGGCAUGCCCAACACAGAGCAGUGGCGUUGGCAGUGCCAGCCUUCCUACCAUGUGCCAAGUCUCAUCAGGGAGCAGGAGGAGGGGCCGGCCCCUCCUCAGAGAACUGGUAUGAAUAAGGCCUGGGGGUGCAGGUGGGAAGCCCUCUCUCUACCCACUGUACUCUACUGAACAUAUGGACUUUGCAGCAGGCUUGGGGCAGCUGGGUUUGUCCUGGAUGUAUGAUAUUGUUAUUAUAAUAAUUAUUAUUAU